AUGGCCACCCAGUGGGAAAACCUGGAUGAGCUUGCGAUUAUGGAGCUAAUGAUGCCAGUCACCCAGCGGAUUGCCCACUGGCUUGGCCCCGAGGGGCAACAGGAGUUGGCGCGUGGGGGUCCCACCACCUUGCAGCGUUUCCACGGUGAUGUCAAUCACCUUCAGCAGCUGGAGGACGCGCGCCACCAGUCGGUGGAGCGCGAGCUCGCGCGCUACGAGCGUGCCCAUCGUUUGGGUCUGCUGAAAGAAGAGUCGGUGAUGAAGUGGCACGGGGAGGAUCCGAAGCCAUCCGAAGCGGAGAAGCGCGCGAAGGAGGAUGAUGAGCGCCGCAACGACAAGGUCAACGAUGAUGCCCCGACCACAUCCGCGACGCGCAAA